AUGGUGUCGCGACGGAACAGGACUUUGCUGUCCUUGGCAAUCUUCAUUGGAGUGCUGACAUGGAACGUGGCCGCUGCAGCCGUCAAGGGUGAGACGGGCACGCCUGUGGGAGAUUUGAGUCUACAUGAGAUUGAAGAGCAAUUGCAGGAAUGCCCGCUUGUGCAAGCCCUCAAUCAGCACAAGAUCACAGCGAAUCCUCCCACGUCGUCCCUCACCUCCCAGAUCUUCGCCUUCCUCUUCCCAGGCAGCCCCGCAGUCAAUGCACUCCUCGCAACUCUCUACAUCUCUGGCCCGCCAAAUUUCCUGCUCGCACUAUGCCCGCCCAACAUCGACCCUUCGUCGCUAUCCGUCAUGGUAGCCUUUGCAGUGGGUGGACUGCUGGGCGACACCCUGUUUCACUUGCUGCCGGAGAUCUUCCUCGGUGAGGAUGAGCCCGACAAAGUCAAGUUCGUCAUGGUCGAGCCCAACAAGAACCUCUUGCUGGGGGUCGCCAUCAUGGUUGGCUUCGUGACGUUUGUAGCUAUGGACAAGGGGCUGAGAAUCGCGACUGGUGGUGAAGGCGGACAUGAUCACUCACACGGACACUCACACGAAAAGACUGACGCGGCUGCAACAACAUCCGGCGCCGACAUCGGUGACUCCAAGGAUUCGUUGCGCUCACGCAAGUCUGCUGCGAAUGGAAAGAACUUGUCCGCGCCUGCCGUGGUCGAAAAGGAGAUCAACGCGAGCGUCAAGCUCGGCGGCUACCUUAAUCUCAUUGCCGACUUCACCCACAACAUCACUGAUGGAUUGGCACUCAGCUCCUCCUUCUAUGCCUCACCCACCAUUGGGGCAACCACCACCGUAGCCGUCUUCUUCCACGAGAUACCGCACGAGGUCGGUGACUUUGCGCUGCUCAUCCAGUCCGGCUUUAGCAAACGAGCUGCCAUGGGUGCACAGUUCGUGACUGCUGUUGGCGCUUUCCUUGGAACUUGCAUUGGCAUUGCCGUUCAAGAGUAUGGCGGUAGCUCGGCCUCGGCAGAAAGCCAAGGGCCUGGUUUGAUGGGCACAAGUCUUCAGUGGGGAGACAUGUUGCUUCCCUUCACUGCAGGUACCUUCUUGUAUGUUGGCACCGUAGCUGUCAUUCCAGAACUGCUUGAAACAGGUCCAAACAAAGGCCAGGAGCUCAAAAAGACCCUGACUCAGUUCGCUGCCAUGUUCACUGGCGCAGGGAUCAUGCUUGUGUACGUACCUUCAUCUCUCACAUUCCAAGAUCUGACUAACAAACACAGGAUCUCUUGGUCUUAG